UCUGAACAAAUCUCCACGACCUUUGAGUUAACCCCUCCCGAAAAUGUCCACCGAACUCCGCUACUACUACGACCUAAUGUCCCAACCGUGCCGUGCCCUCUACAUCUUCCUCGAAAUGACCAAGAUCCCGUACCGACGCUGCCCAAUCGAUCUCCGCAAAGGGGAACACCUCACCGACGAGUUCCGCGCCAUCAACCGCUUCCCGAAGGUUCCGUGCAUCGUCGCCGGCGGUGACUUCCACCUCGCGGAAAGUGUCGCCAUCAUUCAGUUCCUCACCCGAGAGUAUCCGGAAAUCCCGGACCACUGGUACCCCCGGAAUAGCCGGACGCGGGCCAGAAUCGACGAGUACAUGGCCUGGCAGCAGCACAACACGCGCUCGCUCUGCGCCGCCUACUUUAUGUACGUUUGGCUGAGGCCACGUAUGCUUGGAACGACGGUCCGGCCGGAACGGGCCGAGCAGAUCAAGGACGAGAUGGAGCGCUGUUUGGACUUUAUCGAGCGGGAAUAUCUGGGGCGCGGGAGCAAGUUCAUCGUGGGGGAUGAGAUUAGCGUGGCGGAUUUGCUGGCGGCGUGCGAGAUUGAGCAACCAAGAAUGGCGGGUUACGAUCCGUGCGCUGGAAGACCCAACCUGACGGCAUGGAUGGGACGAGUUCGCGAGGUUACCAGUCCGUUCUACGAGCAGGCGCAUGCUGUGGUCAACAAAAUUGCUGCUGCUACCAAUGCUGCGCUGAAUAAACUAUAAAAAUUGGAUCCUAAA